CCAAGUUUUGGAAAACUCGAUGCGCCUGACUGCUGUCAGCAUCAUUCAUUAUCAUAGUAAUAACUUGAUUCCACCUGAUCAUACGAACAUGACACGCGCAUCCCUCGAGCAGACGGUCAAGUAAGCGUCAAAAUAUCAAAUACCGCUGACUCAAGUGGCCUCAUGGCAAGCUGAAGACUUUAAGCGCGUGUCUGAGACUGCUUAUGCUUUGAGCGGUGAUAACUAUGAUCAGGAAACCUAAUUUGGGAAAUUGUACAAACACGGCACGCCGGCAGGUUCCACGUCCUGCGAACACUCUCCAUCCUCCGCAAAGCCUGCUACCUUCAUAGCCUCUGCCCCGGCUUACGGCUCUCUCGCUCGCUUUGCAGGUUUUGAUCGCUAGUGAACCUCACACCCACUCAUGGAGAGCAAUCGCGAGGAAGCGAACCGUGCUCUGGCUAUUGCACAAAAGCACUUCUCGGCUUCCAACUACCCCAGCGCCCGCAAGUUGGCGCAAAAGUCGAUUGCACUUUUCGAAACCCCAGAAGCUGUGCGACUUUUGGCCGCUAUCAAUGCUGCAGCCGCGAGCGAGUCGUCUGACGGAGCAUCCACUUCUACGGAGACCCAUCCUUCUGCUGCUGGAGCCAAAAACAGGCACGCUAAUGGAGCCACAACAAGCAGUAGUAGCUCAGGGACUGCCGGUGGGCUCGGUGGUCAGAAGAGGGACUUCACUCCAGAACAGCUAGAUAUCGUGCGACGGGUACGGGCGUGCAAGAUCACCGAGUAUUAUGAGAUCUUGUCCGUGAAGCGAGAAUGCGAGGAAGUCGAAAUCAAGAAGGCUUAUCGAAAACUGGCUCUUGCUCUUCAUCCAGACAAGAAUGGGGCGCCAGGAGCGGAUGAAGCGUUCAAGCUUGUAUCAAAAGCUUUUCAAGUUCUUUCAGAUCCUCAGAAGCGAGGUAUAUAUGACCGCAGUGGAUCAGACCCAGAGGACCGUUCGGCUGGCAUGUCUUCGAGAGGAUCCUCUUAUCAAUCGUUCAACGGUGGAGGAGGCGGUUUCGACGGCGAAAUCAGUCCUGAAGACCUCUUUAACAUGUUCUUUGGCGGCGGUGGUGGCCAAGCUGGUUUCGGAAACGGCUUUGGAGGCGGCUUUGGUGGCGGUCCGACCGUUUUCACAUUCGGACCUGGUGGCUUCACUCGCAUGGGAGGUCAUGGAGCUGGCGCUGGACGAGCAGCCGGUACUGGCGCACAACAAGGCAACGCUGAACCGCGUUCUGUUCUACUGCAGCUCCUGCCUCUGAUCCUGCUCUUCGCCUUCUCCCUGCUUUCAUCGUUGCCCAAUCUUUUCACGACGCCUCCGGUUCCAGACCCAUACUUUGCAUUCUCACGAACCUCACGAUACACUGGCGAACGACACACCGCAGGACUCGGAGUGAAAUAUCACUUUGAUCCUAACGAAAUAAUGAGGCAUCCAGUGAUCGGGGCUGAACUUUCUCGGGAGAAUAUCGACUGGAGGAAACUUUCCGCGACCAAGUUCGUGGCUGAUGAUCACCCGACACAGCCUGGACCUGCUCUGAAAAAGUUCGAGGCCAGUGUGGACCACACAUACACUCAACGUUUGUACGCCGAGUGCCAGGCUGGUCAUGACCGCAAGCAGCGUGCCAAGGAUGCAGAAGUAGGCGUGUUCGGCCUUGGUACGGACUGGGACAAGGUCAAGAAGAUCGAGAACGAGGUUGUGCCCAGUUGUGAGGAACUGAAAAAGUUGGGUCUGCUACGAUAG